AUGUCGCAAGCCACCAGCACGAAAUGUGCCUCGCGAUGGGUGACGCGCAUCAUCCCCCUCAUCAUCACUGGCACGAGCGGCUAUGCUACCUACGUGGUCGUGGCCUAUCUAGGCGUCGACUACCUGUAUAGAACCAGGGGUGAGCACGGCGCCGCAAUUUCGACAAUCACCCUCUACCUCUUUUUCUACCUCCUCACGAUCGCCGCCUACCUACGAACGUUCCUGGAGAUCAAAGCAGACCCUGGCUUGGUACCGCUCGGCCCACAAGCUCAACAUGCACUUAGAGAAGCGAACAAGAAGGGUAGGCGGAGAAAGGAGGGAGACUUGGAAAGCCAGCCGUACUACACUGGUCCCGAUCAGGACCCGGACAGCCCCGGCUUGGAGGGAUUCUAUAGCAAGGAUGUCUUCGUUUGCGAAAGUGACGGACGGCCGAAAUGGUGCUCCGAGUGCCGCAACUGGAAACCCGAUAGAGCUCAUCAUUCGAGCGAGGUUGAGCGAUGCGUACGAAAGAUGGACCACUAUUGUCCCUGGGUCGGCGGCAUGGUAUCGGAGACCUCCUUCAAGUUCUUUGCUCAGUUCACCUUCUAUUGCGCCAUAUAUUGCUCAGUUGCAUUGGGCCAGACGGCCUACUGUCUGGCUUUGCAGGUGCGCGAAGGGUCUGUAGACGGGAGAACGAUCUCAGGCGUCGCCAUCGCCGGUUUCUUUGGACUCUUCACCUUUCUUAUGACUGCGACUUCUUGGCGCUUUAUUCUACUUAAUAUUACCAACAUCGAUGCCCUUCGCAAGUCAUGGGUUCAUCAACUAGCAAUCAGAGUACCCAAUGGCACUCGGCCAGGAAGUAGCUACGGCACGAUCACAUACCCACUACCAAAAUAUCCCCAAGGGAUACCUACCUCCUCGGACGCCACUGUCGACAGCGAGGCCCCUCGCGACCGACUAGCUACGCGCACGUUUGCCAUCAUCAGGACCGAACCGGAUGAAAAUCCGUGGGAUCUCGGGUACGCCAGAAACUGGACGUCCAUUAUGGGGUACUCUUUGAUCGACUGGCUUUUGCCCAUACGCAGGUCCCCGUGCGCCAAUCACGAUAGCAUGGAGAGUGACUACGAGAUGGGCCCGUUGAUACAGACGCUCAGAGAACGACACGGUUUGCCUGACCCUAACCGUACAUCUAGCGGAAUGGAGAUGCAUGAGCUGAGAGACAUCGAUCGUUGA